AUGGUGACUUCGUCAUGGUUUGCGGCAGCACUUGGGGUUGUUGGCUUCAUUAUUACCACCAAUGAAGCUGUAGGCACGCCAGAACACCCAUUCCCUUCCACUCCGAGUCAUGAUCUGCAUAACUACCACGAUCGCCCAGGACCGACAAAGUACUCGGGCGUAUUGAGCGAGUGUGCAAAAAGGGCGGAUCACACACGAAGUGGCAACUGGACCGAGUUCGAUUGCACUCAUCCAGUAUUUGUAGACUUCUCUUACUACACGCCCUCCGAACAGUGGAAGCAGUUGAAUGCGGAUGCAGCAUGGAGAGACGUGGUCAGGAUCUGGAAAGAGACCGAAAAGGGCCAUAUGAGUUUCAUAGAGUCAGUCACAGACACUCUCAAGGUCCUGGAUUCCAACUGUGGGGAAAUAGGGACCGGAAGCUGCCUCCCACAAGACUGUCCAAGAGGUGCAGACGGAUCGUUUUCUGGACCUGCGGCGCAGCUUAUCUGGAACUCGCUGGUGGAGGUUCAUCACUACUACGAAAUGUACUAUAACGCUUUUGACGUGUUCACUCGGAUUUCGAGCACCGUACUUGAAGAACUGGAGAAAGAAUUUGCGCCAAUCUCACCGGAACAGGAUACUGAAAAAUGGCUCUUCGUGCUUACGGACCUCUUCUCCCUCGGAACCCUUUCCACCGCCGGACCAUUCAUCAAGACCGAUCUCAAAGAGAGACCAUACUUCUUUCAGAAAAGUAGCUUACUUGAGAAUCCUAAGGACAUUACUAUAAUAUUAAUCGGAAAUAACCCCAGCAUCGCCCAUGACAUGCUAGACGGGGAUAAACCUUCGUGGGUACUAUCACCGGCUAACUUCUCGGAUUAUAUGGGUCAGGUAACCUUUGGCUGGGGCCAUGUUGCUUCUCAUGCACUCGCGGAGUUGUUCAGCGGAACAGAAGAAGGGCUAGAGACUCUUUGGAGCACGAUAUCUAACGGAAAGCUCGCCGACGGUGCAUUCGAAACAGGGGGGCCCCAGUUCGGUAAUGCCCAUAAUGAAAUAAGGCCCAAUGUUCAAAAGAAAUUCUUCGGCUUUGUAAUUCCUGCGCUUUGGAAGGUCUCUCAAACUUACACAUUCAUCAUUGACUCGGGCUAUGGGUGUGAUGAAGAUAGACCGCUCAGCAAUUACCUCGACGACAACACAAUGAACGCCACUGGUGUCUGCCUUGAAGAAAAACGCUACUACCUCGUGUAUCCGAACAAAGGAAAUAAAUUCUCGACGCCCCAGGGCCUGGAAUCACUCCCCAAAGAAGACCUGGUCAAGGGAUCUGUCCGUACGUGGAUUCACAAUGGCAAGGAGAAUCGCGGCGGCUUUGGGGAACCGAUUGACAAAGUCACCAUGGAAAAUUUGAUAGAUGCCGACAUCAUGGCACCGGGUUUCAUCCGUAUCCCCGUCUGCAGCGCUGAACGCGCAAUUCAAUCCUGGAAGAUAGGCAAGAAGGGCUCCAACUACUUUUAUCCCUGCGAUAUCCCGCCAGGCAAGAACACAUGUCGUGAGUCGACUUUCGAGGACCAAACCAGUGACGCAUCGCCUAGCAUUGAUGAUUGUCUUACCAUUAUCAAGAAUAUCGAGGGUGAUGCCAGCACCGACUAUACCCACCAGGUGGUUGGCAAGAGACAUCGAGAGAUUCUCUCGUUCGGGUCUUGUUCUUUUGGUGUGGAAGCUACCAAGGUUCAUGGCAACGUGAACUUCGUCAUCGGUGGACAGAAUGCCAUUGAUAUUAUCAGAGACUCUAUCAAGAGGUUCAGUAGGGAUAGCAAGGUGGGAGCGAGGGGAGAGAUGAAUUGCACCGGCAAUAUUAAAGACCAACCAAUUAAAUGGGGUAUCUACUAG